AGGUGGCGCUGGCGAAAAUCGUUCGAAAUUAAAUACAUUUACCACCUCAUCUCUGGUUAUAACAAUACCUUUGUUAUAACUAAUCAGUUCGUGAAGUUCGUCAGGGAUUGUCCAUAUAUUACCAAAACUUCCGUACGUUUGCACAUGCGCAACUUGUUCAUGGUGUUGUAUUUGCCGGGCGAAUAAGAGACUCGCAGAGACUGGCGUGGGUGUGAUAUAAUAGCCAUAAAGGUUUGCUAUAGCCCGAAAUUAUGACAAUCCAUGUAUAGAAGGCCAACAAAAAUGAGGAUAUCCCAUUAAAAUCUCAUGAUUCUACAGGGAUUGUAGAUCAUCGUCGUCAUUUAUGUAAACAAAACGAGAAACGUAACCUAUUUUCAAAGCAAUCAUUGAGGGUCUUGUAAACGUGAAGACAAAAUGUCAGCGCCUUUAAUAUUAGCUCAGGAUGACAUCGAAGCAGGAGGAGAUAAACAUGAUUUCACAGAUCAUGGAAUUCAGGGAGAUUUCGCUUACAACAACAAUGUUCAUUCUGCCAACGUAAACAUUAGAUUGGCUUUUUUAAAAAAAGUCUAUGGUCUCUUAACAAUUCAGCUUCUCAUAACUACCGGAGUGGGGGCAAUAUUUAUCACCUCAGCAGGGGAGCCUGUCAAAGAGUAUGUUGGCGAGCAAGGAAACUUUUGGGUGAUUUUCGUCUCGUUCUUUGUGACGAUGGGAAUAUUAAUAGCUCUUCACUUUAAAAGGAGGGAACACCCAACUAAUUUAUUACUACUUACCGCUUUUACGCUCUCAGAAUCAUUGAUGCUCGGAAUUUUUGUAUCGUUUUACGAUGCGAAUAUGGUAAUAGAAGCCUUUUUUAUAACAUUCCUCGUGGUACUGAGCUUGACUGUAUACACUUUCCAAUCAAAGAGAGACUUCUCUUCAAUGGGAGCAGGAUUAUAUGCAGCAUUAACUGUUUUGAUCAUCGGUGGAUUUAUCCAAUUUUUCACCCAAAGUCCUGUAUUGGAAAUGUUCAUGGCAAUUGGUGGAGCUUUGCUUUUUUCCUUGUAUAUCAUCUACGAUACUCACAUGCUCAUGCACCACCAUUCGCCAGAGGAAUACAUUGUCGUUACAAUCCAACUUUACUUGGACAUUAUCAACUUAUUCAUGCACAUUCUACGGAUUUUGGCCGCAUCCAAGAAGUGAAAACCUUUUUUUCCUAUCUAAGACUAUUGGUCGAUUAAUAAAAAUCACAUGAUUCAAAUUCGAAGCCACUCAAGCACUCAAUGCAAGGUAUUAAAAUUAAUAUUAUAUGUCAAUUUAAAAAAAUAUUUAUAUUUUAUAGUUGUAGAAGUCGAUGUAUGGAUAUUAAAAUCCGAAAUUGUUAAGAGUAAAAAAUUUUAUUGAGAAAAGCGUUAAAUGGCUGGUUAAUUUCAAGUUUAUAAAGUUGCAAUUAUUUCAUUUAUUACGUUAUAUAGACUCGAUUUAACUAGGAAUCAUGUGUAAUUCAGAGCUAAAAAGGACUUAAUUUUAAAGAAUAUUGUUUUUAAAAUGAAAAUCAAGUCGAAAUACAAAAAAUGUGGAUAUCCAUGUACCUUCGUCUAUAAUAUUCCAGAGAUAAACUCACUGUGAUAAGUUUUAAUUUAAACUAUGUUUACAAAUUGC